AACAAGUUUUACAAAAUUCAACAAUCUCUCUCUGCUUCUUCAUCUUCUUCUUCUUUCUCUUUCUUCUGCAUCAACAAUCAAUAUCAUCGACCAAUCAAAACGAUGCGUAUCGCAACCAAAAACCUCAUACUGUCUCUCCUAAUUCUCUCUCUCUACCCUCUCUCACUCACCGCUCGCCCUUUCGUCUUCAUUCUCUCCCAAGACGAUCUCAAAGACGCCACUUCAUCCACCUCCGACGACUCGCCCCCCGAUCCCACCACUCCCCAUGACUCGUCCGAGUGGGACGAGUUCGGCUCCGAGUCCGACUCGCCUCACAAGUCCGAGGACGAGCUCGACCCUGGCUCCUGGCGCCCGAUCUUCGAACCUGACUCCUCCUCCUCCUCCUCCUCGGCCCCACCCGAUCCAGUCCCCGCCUCGGAGUCCUAUUCGCUUUACUUCUCGGGAGUCUCGAAUAUGGUAUCGGCGGCGAGUUCGGGCGACGCGCGGGUGAUGGAGGAGGCGGUGGCGGAGAUCGAAGCGGCAUCGAAUGAGGGAUACGCGCAUGCGAGGUCGGUGCUAGGGUUUCUGUCCGGAAUGGGAAUGAUGAGAGAGAGGAACAAAGCCAAAGCAUUUCUUUUCCACCAUUUCGCGGCCGCGGGCGGUAACAUGCAGUCCAAAAUGGCCCUUGCUUAUACCUACUCGCGCCAGGAUAUGCAUGAUAAAGCCGUUAAGCUCUAUGCCGAGUUAGCAGAGGUAGCUGUAAAUAGUUUCCUGAUAUCAAAAGAUUCACCGGUGAUUGAACCGGUGAGGAUUCACAGUGGAGCAGAAGAGAAUAAGGAGGCAUUGAGGAAGUCCCGAGGGGAGGAUGAUGAGGACUUUCAGAUUUUGGAAUAUCAGGCACUCAAAGGGAAUGCUGGAGCCAUGUACAAGAUUGGCCUCUUUUACUACUUUGGCCUAAGAGGUUUGAGGCGUGAUCAUGCCAAAGCUAUGUCAUGGUUUCUCAAGGCUGUGGAGAAGGGGGAGCCUAGGUCUAUGGAACUUCUCGGAGAGAUAUAUGCACGAGGAGCUGGGGUUGAGAGGAACUACACUAAAGCGCUUGAGUGCCUUACUCUUGCUGCAAAACAACAACUGUUUUCGGCUUUUAAUGGGAUGGGUUAUUUGUAUGUCAAGGGCUUUGGAGUAGACAAGAAUUACACCAAAGCAAAAGAGUACUUUGAGAAGGCUGCUAAUAACGAUGAUGCUGGAGGCCACUAUAACCUAGGAGUAAUGCAUCUAAAAGGGAUUGGGGUAAAGAAGGAUGUGAAGAUAGCAUGUAAAUAUUUUAUACUGGCUGCUAAUGCGGGUCAACCAAAGGCAUUCUACCAGCUAGCAAAGAUGUUCCAUACGGGUGUGGGGCUUAAGAAGAACCUUCCAAUGGCUACUGCAUUAUACAAAUUAGUAGCAGAGCGUGGACCAUGGAGUUCGUUAUCUAGAUGGGCACUUGAAUCAUACUUAAAAGGUGAUGUGGGCAAGGCGUUCUUCUUGUAUUCAAGGAUGGCUGAGCUAGGCUAUGAGGUGGCACAGAGCAAUGCUGCAUGGAUACUUGACAAAUAUGGGGAGCGAAGCAUGUGCAUGGGAGAAUCUGAAUUUUGCACGGAUGCAGAAAGGCAUCAACGUGCACAUUCUCUGUGGUGGCAAGCUUCUGAGCAGGGUAACGAACAUGCUGCUUUGCUGAUUGGGGAUGCAUAUUACUAUGGUCGGGGUACUGAGAGAGACUAUCAUCGUGCAGCAGAAGCUUACAUGCAUGCCAAAUCCCAAUCUAAUGCACAAGCCAUGUUUAACCUUGGCUACAUGCAUGAGCAUGGCCAGGGACUCCCAUUUGAUCUCCAUCUUGCCAAGCGAUACUAUGAUCAAGCCCUAGAGAUUGAUCCUGCUGCAAAAUUGCCUGUCACACUUGCCCUUACAAGCUUGUGGAUACGAAAGAACCAUGCUGAUGGUUUCCUGGUCCAUUUGAUUGAUUCUUUGCCUGAACUCUACCCAAAAGUAGAAGUUUGGGUGGAGGAUGUGCUUUUCGAGGAAGGAAAUGCAACCAUACUCACUCUUUUCGCUUGUCUCCUCACUGUCCUUUAUCUACGCGAGCGGAAUCGUAGGCAUGCCGUUCCUGCAGCUGGCGAAGUGGCUGUGCCACACAACCCUAUCGAACAUGCUGCACCUGUACCCAAUUAAUUCAUGUCACUGGUGGCCUACAGAAACUACAUGGCUAUUUUAUUCUCUCUGAGAAAAGGAAGAUUUUUUCUACCAUAUGAUGUACAGUUACAUGUUUUAGGGCACAUUGUAGCAUAGUCUUAAGUGAAGUGGAAAUAAAUUCACAUGAAAAAUCAUGUAUUUUACAUAGAUUUAUUACAUGCCCACUUUAGUUGCGGAAGGUGUAACUCCCAAGUUUAACCCCUUUUUGUUUUUUUUUUUUUUUUUGUUGAAAUUAUUCGUACCAAAGAAGGAUGGCAGAAGGUACACUUAUUGUCCUUAACAUCAUGAAGUGGUAAUUCUUUUGGGGAUUAUUACGUGUCAGAUUUGUAAGAUUCAAGCAUAGAACUCAGUUUUGAAUUUUAAUACUCAAAUGACGAUUUUGAAAA